AAGCUGAUGUGUUAUUCCUUCUCUGCAUCGAAGGAUCAGGAAGUUUGUGCUCUCUGCGUGGCUGAGAAGUUUUUUUACCUACUAGGACGGGGUUGGGGGAGGGACGUGGAGGAACAGGUGUCCCCCCUAAAAUAGAGCGCAAGCUGCUGCCUGUGUCCGGCCGUAACCCAGGAGUAACGUCAGAAACAGGUGAGAAUGACCACUUUAACUCACCGGGCCCGUCGCACUGAAGUAGGCAAGAGCUCUGAAAAGAAAGUGGAAAGUGAGGAAGACACUAAUCAAGACAGGUGUCCAGACCAUGAAGACUUUGGUGACUCUAAGGAUAUUCGCCUCACCCUUAUGGAAGAAGUAUUGCUCCUGGGACUAAAAGAUAAAGAGGGUUACACAUCUUUCUGGAAUGACUGCAUAUCAUCUGGCCUGCGAGGGGGUAUCCUGAUAGAGCUGGCAAUGCGGGGUCGAAUCUAUCUGGAACCCCCCACGAUGCGUAAGAAGCGACUACUGGACAGAAAGGUACUGCUAAAGUCAGAUAGCCCAACAGGGGAUGUUUUACUGGAUGAAACUCUCAAACACAUCAAAGCAACUGAACCCACAGAAACCGUCCAGACAUGGAUAGAGCUACUCACAGGUGAGACCUGGAACCCCUUCAAAUUACAGUACCAGCUGAGAAAUGUAAGAGAGCGAAUUGCAAAGAACCUAGUAGAAAAGGGUAUUCUAACCACUGAGAAGCAGAAUUUCCUCCUAUUUGAUAUGACUACUCAUCCAGUGACCAAUACAACAGAGAAACAACGACUAGUCAAAAAACUUCAAGAUAGUGUCCUAGAGCGGUGGGUAAAUGACCCUCAGCGUAUGGACAAGCGAACACUAGCACUCCUGGUGCUAGCCCACUCCUCUGACGUGCUAGAGAAUGUCUUCUCCUCUCUGACAGAUGACAAGUAUGAUGUGGCAAUGAAUCGAGCCAAGGAUCUAGUAGAACUGGACCCUGAAGUGGAGGGGACAAAGCACAGUGCCACAGAGAUGAUCUGGGCUGUGCUGGCAGCCUUCAAUAAAUCCUAAAGCCAGUGGGUGGGUUUCUCCUUUUCCCCUGCCGGCUGGUGACUGUCAGAGACACCACACUGAGUUUUGUGUGAUGAGAUGUUUUUCAUCAUUUUUUUCCUUCUCUUGAAUCAGAUUUGUGAUUUGGGGAGAGCAGCUUCAGGGCUUCUCCAUAAACUUUGGCCAUUGUAAACAGACUAUUUCUCCUUAUUUUUCCACUACAGAGGUGAAUAAACUAGGUGAACCC